CUCAUCCACUUUGCCUCUCUUACUCGCAAGCCGUCUUCAUCCUUCUUCCCAAUCUCAUCUUUCCUCCUCCACCUCUCGCCCCAGAUCCAUCCCCAUUCUAGGUUUGCCGUCAUUUCCUUCUCAAGCUCUCCUACAACCUUCGCUCCAUCUCACGGAGCUUUCCCAGUUCCACUCGCGCGCGCUGGCCCCAAAGUUCCUUGAGCCCUCUCGAUCGGAAUUGAAGAUGAAAACAAAGAUUACUAUUGAAAGAAUGGCCAUUGUUUUCUCAGUUGAUAUUUCAACACUGUUUCUUGCACAUCAAGGUAAUCCUAUGGAAGAGAGUUACAAGGAGUAUACUGAGAGAGGGCCUACUAUUGAGCAACUUGCUUACUGUUCCAACAGUUACAGAGAGGCAACUCUAUCUAAAGAUCCAAAAUUUGACCACUUUGAAAUUGCUGAAAAGCACAAGGUUAUUAAUGAGUGUUCUAAGGCAGAAGCAUGGCUGAGAGAGAAAAAGCAGCAGCAGGAUGCGUUGCCUAAAUUUGUUGCUCCUGUACUUCUUUCAGCUAAUAUAAAGAGAAAAGCAGAAGCAUUGGAUAGUUACAGCCACUGGUUCUUCUGUGGGUUUGAUCUCCUUCACAACUUCAAUCUUUAAUUCAUCUACUUCUGCAACAACAACAACAACAAGCUCUUCGGUAAGUUUGGUCCCCUCCACAACCUCUGCUUCUACUUCAAAUACAUUGUCUUCAACUAGAAUUGAUUGUGGUCCAUCUUCAUGUGUAGUUUUCACUUCAGCAAGUAAGAUGGUUUCAUCCUGUCUUAGCAUUAAUUUGACUCAUAAGUAAUGCAAGUAUAUAUACAUGCUAGUCAUCAAUAGUCAUGCAUGACAGAAAACAAGCAUUUCAAUGUAUGGGAUUGGAGUCGUAAUUAAUAAUAGUACAAUUUUCAAAUCA